AUGUCCAAACUCGAAAGCAUCAUUUCUCUGCCUCUUCUCACCACGAACAAGCGGAACACCUGGGAAGCAUCCGGCUCCCAGAUCUCCCGAAGAACCCUAACCCCCCACAACCUUCUAGAAUCUCCCCGCAUGGACGGCCUCGCGGCACCGUCGCCGUCCCACUCCGGCGCCACCUCCGGCGGCGGGGCCUCCCACCGCAAGCGGAAGCUCCCGCCGUCGUCGCUUUCCGACGCCACCGCCGACGAGGACGACGACACCACCGCUCCGUCAUCCCCCUCCACGGCCCCAUCCUCGCCCUCCCGCCCUUCCUCUCCAUCUUCCUCACACUCCGACGAUGACGAGGACGACUCGCUCCACACGUUCAAUGCCGCGCGCCUUGACGGCGCGCCGGGUGGGGGCUCCGCCUCCGGCCGUCCUCCGAAGCCGGAUUCCUCAUCAGUGUCUGCUGCGUCGGCCGCCGCCGCGGCUGCGGCGGGCGGAGGACCCAAGCUGGAGCCUGGCUCGGCGACCGCCGGCGACGGGAAGGAGGACCCGAAGGGAUUGUUCACGGACAACCUCCAGACCAGCGGCGCUUACAGCGCCCGUGAGGAGGGCCUCAAACGCGAGGAAGAUUCGGGAAGGCUGAAAUUUCUCUGUUAUUCUAACGAUGGUGUUGAUGAACACAUGAUAUGGUUAGUAGGUUUGAAGAAUAUCUUCGCUCGGCAGCUUCCAAAUAUGCCCAAAGAAUAUAUUGUGCGCCUUGUCAUGGAUAGAACUCACAAGUCAAUGAUGGUUAUCAGGAACAAUAUUGUCGUGGGAGGCAUUACUUAUCGCCCUUAUGCAAGCCAGAGGUUUGGAGAAAUAGCGUUUUGUGCUAUCACAGCUGAUGAGCAAGUUAAAGGCUAUGGAACAAGAUUAAUGAAUCAUUUGAAGCAACAUGCACGGGAUGCUGAUGGGCUCACACAUUUCUUAACCUAUGCUGAUAAUAAUGCUGUUGGCUAUUUUGUAAAGCAGGGUUUCACAAAGGAGAUCACAUUGGACAAAGAAAGAUGGCAAGGGUACAUUAAAGACUAUGACGGAGGAAUAUUGAUGCAGUGUAAAAUUGACCCAAAGCUGCCAUAUGUUGAUCUGGCAACAAUGAUUCGACGUCAAAGGCAGGCCAUUGAUGAGAAGAUCAGAGACCUUUCUAACUGCCAUAUUGUUUAUCCCGGAAUUGAUUUCCAGAAGAAAGAAGCUGGCAUUCCAAGAAGACUGAUAAAGCCAGAAGAUAUCCCUGGUCUUAGGGAAGCUGGGUGGACGCCUGAUCAGUGGGGUCACUCUAAAUCACGAUCAGCGUUCUCCCCGGACUAUAAUACUUACAGACAACAACUUGCUAACCUUAUGCGGACAUUGUUGAAGAAUCUGAGUGAACAUCCUGAUGCUUGGCCAUUUAAAGAGCCUGUGGAUUCACGAGAUGUUCCAGACUAUUAUGAUAUCAUAAAAGAUCCUAUUGAUUUAAAGACGAUGUUAAGAAGAGUUGACUCUGAGCAAUAUUAUGUGACCCUAGAGAUGUUUGUAGCCGACAUGAAGAGAAUGUUCAGCAAUGCAAGAACUUACAAUUCUCCAGAUACUAUCUAUUACAAAUGCGCAACACGGCUUGAAAAUUUCUUCUCAACCAAAAUUGCUUCACUGGUUUCACAAGCCUCAACCAAGAGCUAGACUGGCGUGGGCUCGCUGGACACUGUUGUCACAUGCAUGUUGUAAGAUUAUUAAGUUGUAUCUGAUAUAGUUGUCGCCUUGCUGAAUGUUCGGCACGGCGAUGAACUUUUAGGUUAGUAUGCUCUUUAUUUUAACCAGGUGGGACACUGAUUUUUACGUAUUGGGGUUCAACCUGGCGGGCCUACUAAUAUAGAUUGAGGAGAUUCUGUAGUUUCCAGCACCUAUGGGUAAAGAUGUUUUUCAGCAUCUUUGGAGAACUAAAUUGUAACCUACUCAGAAUUUGGUACUCCCUCGAUUCUAAAUGGUAAGUCGCUUUUACUAUGA